CACUGCUUGGAGGAUUCUCUGGCCCGUCAUGCGGAGUCUCCGCCCUCCUCCCUGUUGCUUCCGGGUUGGCGGGCCAGCUACCAGCUGAUCCGGAGCUGGCCGCUGGCGGGCUGUCCCGCUGAGUCCAGAUGAAAAUGUUUGAGAGUGUUGAUUCUACACCCCCCAAAUCCGGCUUGGAUCUGUGGGCUGAAAUCUGUUCCUGUUUGCCAAAUCCCAACCAGGAGGAUGGUGCCAGCAAUGCGUUCUCAGAUUCCUUCAUGGAUUCCAACCCUCCCACUGCAGGCCAGAGUGAGGUCUCAGACUUUGUAGUUCAGCCAGCCACAAAGCCUUGGGCUCCCUUGCAGGACUCAGAAAUAUACUUAGCAUCUCUUGAGAAGAAGCUGAAAAGAAUCAAAGGUCUGAAUCAGGAAGUGACUUCCAAGGACAUGCUUCGAACACUGGCCCAAGCCAAGAAGGAGUGCUGGGAUCGGUUCCUGCAGGAGAAGUUAGCCUCAGAGUUCUUCAUGGAUGGACUUGACUCUGAUGAGAGCACCUUGGAACAUUUCAAAAGGUGGCUUCAGCCUGACAAAGUAGCCAUCAGUACAGAGGAGAUUCAGUAUCUGAUUCCCCCAGAGUCACAGGUGGAGAAACUGGUGGCUGAGGAUGAGCCAACAGCAGCUGAGCAGUGAAUCACACAUGCACAUCACACGCAUAUAUGCACACACAGGCCAAGCAGCUGUCUCAAAUCCAGAGGGAAUAAGAAGUGUGCUUGGUGUGGCGGCAGGAGGAAGGAAAAAUAAGAGGGAGGGGACAAGCCUUUUCCUCCACAAAGCAAACACUUGUGGCACUCUGAGGACUUGCUUGGGGUUGAUAUGUGUGACUCUUGGAUCAAGUGACUGACCCCCAAUGUGUGCUGGAUCAAAAUACUGCCAAGCUUCUGUUGCUCUGGAGAGUCAUCGGCUGAGACUCCACUGCAGGUCCAAGGUGUUUGGAGAUACAGAUGUAAACCUUUGGACUCUGUCUAAGCUAAGCAAGCCAUAUUUUUUCUUGCCUCUCCUGGAUGACCUCAUCUCCCUGUGUGUCAAGGAUUCUGUGUCUUUGGGCAGUCAAGCAACAUCUGGGGAGCUCCAUAGCACAUCCAUAAUAAACAUAGGGGUGCUAGGGAAAGAUGCUGA